GGCUCCGAUGGUUUCAUCGCUGGCCCCGGGGGGCGCCCGCGGGCUGGCGCGGCGCUUCGGUUGCCCACAGGGCGGCGCUAGCCUCGACUGGCCCGGCUGGCUGCCUCCUCCUCGCCUUCCUCUCCGGCGGGCUCUCCAACCCGGCUUGGCCAAGGAGAAGAACGCGCUGCUGCAGCCGGCCAAGCGCAUCUUUGGCGAGGUCUUCGGAUGCCGCGGGCGGUGGUGGCGCCUUUACGCACGGCUUGCCUUGGCUGGCAAGAAGCAGAGCUGGGCGCGGAGGGAGGAGGAGGAGGAAGAGAAGGCUGAGAGGCGGCAGGCAGGAGCGGCUCCAGCCUCCAGGGCCCGCCGGGCAGUGCCUGUUUCUACGAUGUGCGAGAUGGGUCUAGUCUCCCCAGAGCUGUCCAGCCCCACUCCGUUCUACGGGGAGACCCCAGAUGCCUAUUGCCAGGAUCACCGCUGGCAGAGGCUGCGCAUGGCCGUCCGGAAGCUGGAAUUCUGGGAGAACUUUGAUGCGGAAUUGAUCGGCAGCGGCUUCUUCUCCAAGGUGUACAAGGUUGCUCCGAGUGCCGGAGGCAAACCCAUGGUGGUGAAGAUUUACAAGAACGAUGCGGACCAGGAGGGGAUUGUGCGAGAGAUCAGCCUGCUGCAGAAGCUCUCCCACCCCAACAUCGUCAGGUACCUUGGAAUCUGUGUGAAGGACGACAAGUUAUACCCAAUUCUGGAGUAUGUGAGUGGCGGGUGUCUGGAGGAGCUGCUGGCCUGCAAGGACGUGGCGCUCAGCUGGAAGGAGAAAGCAGAGCUGGCUUCGGACAUCACCCGGGGGAUGGUCUACUUGCAUUCCAAGAAUAUCUACCACCGGGACCUCAACUCCAAGAACUGCCUGAUCCGAGUGACCCCCAGGGGACGGGAGGCCCUGGUGACGGACUUUGGCCUGGCCAAGGAAGUGGCGGAGCUGCCCACCAAGGACCCCGAGAGGAAGCUCUCCCUGGUGGGGUCUGCCUUCUGGAUGGCCCCCGAGAUGCUGCGGGGGGAACCCUACGACAGGAAGGUGGACGUCUUCUCCUUCGGCAUCGUCCUGUGCGAAAUCCUAGGCAGGAUCCCGGCUGACCCAGAGGUGCUGCCCCGGACCCAGGAUUAUGGCUUGGACGUAGCGGCCUUCCAGGAAAUGAUCAGCGGAUGUCCAAAGCAAGUUUUGGAUUUGGCUGCCAGCUGCUGUCGAGUGGAGGCGUUCAAGCGCCCGUCGUUCGCCGAGCUCCAGGAGGAAUUGGAAGACGCCGCGGAGAGGCUGGAGCCCGCCACGGACACUCAGUCUCCGGGCUGAAAGGCCUUCCGGGACCUGGACACUCUUGGGACGUGUACAUCCCGAAACAAAGGGGUGGGAGUGAGGAGAAAGACCUUGGCCGAAAUACUACAUGCUCACUCGUCUUGGCUGAUAGCAAGAGAAGCAUCUUCCUGGGGCCCCACGGCCUGGCCAGCAAGCCCAACCUGUGCUGAGAUCAUCAUCUCUCCUUUUGGAUGGACAAACGGUCCUUUCACCUGGUCCCCUACAGAGGGGGAAGGUUCACCACCACCACCCCCAGACAAGUGCCUGGUGAGGCUGUGGCUUCAGGCAGCUCUAGCCAGUGAGCCAAGCUGCACGGGAAAGUUGAUGAGCCCACUGGCCAAAACUCUUCCCCGCCCCGCCCCCCCCCCCAGCCUGUCUCGCAUCCUGCAGUUGUUCAUGAAACCCAUCGCCUCCCUAUUCCCUCUCCGGGUCCUGGCAGCUGGCUGCUUAUCCAUACACACACCUCAUGUUUCCUGCCUGGCUCGCGGUGAACAGAAGACUACAUGUAGUUAGCAAGUGGAAUUCAGCAGCUUGAGGACUAGGAGCUUAGCGGGCGGCCAGUGGCUUGCAUCCCUUGGACACGUAGCUUGACAACAUUCCUCUGCCUCUUGCAAGCAGCAGGCCGUGAAAAGGAGAAGGGCCAGGGGAAUGUUGGCUGUGCUGACACAUCCCCGUUUAAUCACAUCCAGCAUGAGCCUCGGUCUCUAGGUUUAUGCAGUCAAAACAAGCCACCAGGAGCAUUUUCAGACGGCAGGCUUCACCGCAGGUUUUCUGCGAGGCUUUACUGCGAGUUCGAAGUGGCUCCCAAAAACCAACACAAAAAGUGAACUUUUUUUUUAACCCCGGAUAUAAAUCGGGCCACACUCCAACGCACGAUUAAAAACCUGAAUCGUGUGUGAAGUGCUCGCAGAGACUUGGGGGUCAAUCUGGCCGAUCUGUGAACGCACCCCCUCCGUUCUGGAGGAGAUGGGAGCUGAAAGCCCUGGGUGAAACGUCUCCUGGGCAUGUUACAUUGAGAAGUGUCGUUGGGGAGGUCCAUUUCUAGAUUCCACCCCCCCACCUUCCUUUUAAAGUCAGCAGGGAGGCUCUCUUCAGAUCUGGCCACGGAGUUGCGUCUCUCUCCCUGCCACAUCUGCUGGGUUUCUUUCCUGUCCCCCUGCCCCACCCACACCCACCCCUGCCGGACCCGAAAAAAACGUUCCCCUCUCUGUAAAUCAAUAAACGGCUUGUGGAAUUUUC